AUGUUACUAAGCCACGACGUUGGACACGCUUUGGUUAACUAUAAAUAUCUGCUGAAGGUCCUCCUCUCCCUUUCUCAAGACAGCUCAAUAACUAUCGAGGCAAGGAGAGUAAUCAAGUUUUUCUCCUCUUCGCGUUUGCUGUCGUUGGAUACCAUGAAUGUUAACGAGCUGGAAGGGGAUCUACGCGAGCUGUAUUGCAAUAGAUCAUCCUUUGAGGUGCCGAACUAUACUCAUAUCUCUACCAGUACUGCUGAAUGGAAACUUGGUCCUAUUUUCUCUGAGCGCGAGGUCUGGGACUUGAAUGAUCCGGUAUAUGAUGCCUACAUUACAGAGGCAGCUGCAGGUAUGGAGGUCUUUAAUCUAAAAGAGCUGACGGAAGCUGGAAGUACUUGCACUCCAAAGCUUCUAGAUCAUGGGUUUUAUGAGCAGACGCGGAAAAAUGACCCUCUUCCUGGUGGAUUUAUGGUAUUCAUUGUCAUGGAGAGGUUGCCCGGGCGAAACCUUCAAAACUUUAACGAGUUGCCUAUGUUUGAAAGAGACCAAGUUAGACUGGCUUUUGCCAAAACAAUACGAAGAUACAUUCACUAUGACCCCCAUCGUCGCAAUCUGAUGUGGGACCGCGAGAGUAAAAAAUGUUACAUAAUCGAUCUUGAAGAUGCACGCCAUCUUGACGAUGACUGCCCCCCAAAAAUAUUUACGCCCGAGAGAGAUUUCCUUGUGUGGGGUAUUGCGGGCCCCGAAAUCAAUACGAGCCUGUAUGGUCUUGACCCAAUGGUCCCGCAUGAUCGCAAGUUCAUCAAGAAUCCUAGUGACGAGGAACUUGAGAAAAUGGCACAAGACGCUGCAGGAAAGCCGUUGUAUUUUGCGGAAACUACCUAA